UUCUUUUUUUGCCGCCCUCCCUCCCAUCCAGCCACUGCCAACUGCACUGUGAUCAGCCCUGUGAACUACCACCAGCAGCAGCAGCAGCUCCAGCAGUAGUGAAGGCAGCUCCAGAAGCAGCUCCAGAAACAGCUCCAGAAACAGCAGCCUCAGCAGUGGGUCCUGCCCCUGGCCGCCCUAUGUCUGCCUCCCUGUGCACUGGGGAGAUCGGGGUUGCCAGUCCUGUUUCCUCCCCAGCCUGAUCUAAGGCUGCACCCUCCUCCAGCCACAGCCUGCAACCCGGAGACCAAUAAACACAGGCAAGGGAGACAACACAAGGGAGGAGGAGGAGGGAAAGCUGCAAUUAAAUAUAUACACUCCCAGCCAGUUCAGCUAUUUUACAAAUUAUACAUCGAGCGCACAACGCAUUUUUUGUAAAUUAUUUUUUUUUUAUUUUAUUUUUAAAUAUAUUUAUUAUAUCUUUUUUUUCGGCUUAUAAAAAAGGGGGGAGGAAAUCCCUGCAAAGAAAAUCAAAGGAAACGGCUCCCAUCAGCUUCAACCACGGCAGAGACCGCCAGCUUCUUCUUCUCCUCCAAAAUAAAAUCCCCCCAGACCACGGCGAUAAGCUCGCUCUCCAGCACUUUUUGGGCCCGAGAUAUGGCAAUGGUAGUUAGCAGCUGGAGAGAUCCGCAGGAAGACGUGGCCGGGGGGAAUCCGGGAGGCCCUAACCCGGGGGCAGCGCAGCCUGCCAGGGAGCAAUCACAAGCGCCUUCCGCUGCCCCCCACACGCCGCAGACCCCAAGCCAGCCUGGACCUCCUUCUACCCCUGGAGCUGCUGGAGACAAGAGCCAACAAGGCUCGGGCCAGAGCCAACAGCACAUCGAAUGCGUGGUGUGUGGGGACAAGUCCAGCGGCAAACACUACGGCCAGUUCACCUGUGAGGGCUGCAAAAGUUUCUUCAAGAGGAGCGUCCGCAGGAACUUAACCUACACAUGUCGUGCCAACAGGAACUGCCCCAUAGACCAGCACCAUCGGAACCAGUGCCAGUACUGCCGCCUGAAGAAGUGCCUCAAAGUGGGCAUGAGGAGGGAAGCGGUUCAGCGAGGACGAAUGCCUCCAACCCAGCCGAACCCAGGCCAGUAUGCCCUGACAAACGGGGACCCCCUGAACGGCCACUGCUAUCUGUCCGGAUACAUCUCGCUGCUGCUCAGGGCUGAGCCCUACCCCACGUCCCGCUACGGCAGCCAGUGCAUGCAGCCCAAUAACAUCAUGGGCAUCGAGAACAUCUGCGAGCUGGCCGCCCGGUUACUGUUCAGCGCCGUGGAGUGGGCCCGGAACAUCCCCUUCUUUCCCGACCUGCAGAUCACCGACCAGGUGGCUCUCCUCAGGCUCACAUGGAGCGAGCUGUUCGUGCUGAACGCGGCUCAGUGCUCCAUGCCCCUCCAUGUGGCCCCUCUGCUGGCCGCCGCUGGCCUUCACGCGUCCCCUAUGUCGGCCGACCGAGUGGUGGCCUUUAUGGACCACAUCCGAAUAUUCCAGGAGCAGGUGGAGAAGCUCAAGGCCCUGCACGUAGACUCUGCGGAGUACAGCUGCCUCAAAGCCAUCGUCCUGUUCACAUCAGAUGCCUGUGGCCUGUCAGAUGCUGCUCACAUUGAAAGUCUGCAGGAAAAGUCCCAGUGCGCCCUGGAGGAAUAUGUAAGGAGCCAGUACCCCAACCAACCGAGCAGGUUCGGCAAACUACUACUGAGGCUACCCUCCCUCCGCACAGUGUCCUCCUCAGUCAUUGAGCAGCUGUUCUUCGUCCGUUUGGUAGGUAAAACCCCAAUAGAGACUCUGAUCAGAGAUAUGUUAUUAUCUGGAAGUAGCUUCAACUGGCCUUACAUGUCCAUCCAAUGUUCCUAGAGAACAAUCAGACAAAGAGGACUCUCAAUCAUACAACGCAGCUCAAAAUGAACAUAAGGUAGAAAUAAAGACUUCUUAGGAUAUGACUUUAAAUAAAGGACUUCGAAUGUUUGGAUAACUGUGCAAAAAAAAUGGACCAAGGGAUUCUAAUAUAAAAAAUACAAUAAAGGAAAGCUAUGGACCCUCAUUGGAUGUACUGUGAACUCUGAUGGAUUUAUUGUGUACAGAAAGACAUUGGACUUGCGAUAAAUCCCGUGUAGAAACAAGCGCACAUACUUCCCAUGGACAGAUGUUGUUGAUUUUGUAAAAUAUUAGUCUUUAUUUUCAUUUUUUUUUUUUUUGUAAAAUUGAAAACAUUGUAUGCGCAUACAGACAGCAAGAAAUAAGAAUUAGGGGAAAAUAACAGUUUUCAAAUCAUUAUAUAAAAAAAAAACAAAUUGUCCUGUGUCUAUGUAUCUAUAUCUGUUUUGUAUUUUUUUCUGGUUCCAAACCAGUUUUUCCUGUAAUUAUCUACUAAUAAUUUUUGAUAUAACCCUUUGCUUCUUAUAAUGAGUGCGAUAUAUAUGUUGUCGAAGCUAUGUUCUUCAAGAAUUAAAAUUGAAGUGAGAAUUUAAACAAAAUAAAAAAGACUUUAGCAAAAAAAA